AUGAUAAAAUACACCAAUAGAUUGCUUGUGAUUUCAGCCCAAGCAACCUCUACAUUAUAUAGAAAUUCACCAUGUAUUGUUGCACGUGGUAUACCGUACCGUUACAAUUCCACUAGUACCAAAAAGAAUGAACCUAGUAAGAUUCAACAAAUAAUUGAAAAAAAUAACGCUGAUAACGCUGCUGCUGCUGCUGCUUCCGGUACUGUUUCCACCGCUGUCUCUACUAACUCCGCUGCACCAGCUGCUACUAACGCAGCUACCACCACUACUACUGCAACAACUGUUACCACUACCUCUAAUACUGCAAGCAUUAAACCAUCCCUAUGGACACGUGUCAAACGUGAGGCCAGACACUAUUUAGACGGUACUAAAUUGUUGGGUUUAGAAAUGAAAAUUUCUUCUAAAUUGUUGUUCAAGAUGUCUCUGGGUUACGAAUUAACCAGAAGGGAAAUGCUACAAUUAAAAAGAACUACUGGCGAUGUUUUGAGACUAUUCCCGUUUGCUGCUUUUGUCAUCAUACCAUUUGCUGAACUAUUGUUACCGAUUGCUUUGAAAAUAUUUCCAAACUUGUUACCAAGUACUUAUGAAAGCAGUGUUGAUAAGGAAAAGAAAUUGGCUAACUUGAGAAAAACUCGGACUUUGGUUACUUCCAUUAUUAAGGAAAACAAACAACAUUUCAAACCAAACAAUAUUACACAAGAACAAAAGCAAGUGUUUAAUCAAUUCUAUCAACACGUUAGAGCUACAGGUAAGCCCGAGUCUCGUGAACAAUUGAUUCAAGUUGCUAGAUUGUUCAGCGAUGAUACUGUUUUAGACAAUUUGACUAGACCUUACUUAAUUGCUAUUGCUAAAUAUAUGAAUUUACAACCCUUUGGUACUGACGUCAUGUUGCGUUAUAGAAUCCGUUACAAGUUGUUACAAUUGAAGAAGGAUGACAUUCAAAUCCAAUACGAAGGUGUUUCUUCUUUGAACUCAACUGAACUAAGAAUGGCUUGUGCAAACAGAGGUAUUAAAAUUUUAAAUGUCAGCGAUGAUGUUUUAAGAGAAAACUUGAAAGUCUGGUUAGCUAUGAGAAUUAAAGAUAAGAUUCCAUCCACCCUAUUGUUAAUGGCUACUGCUUAUAAUUAUGGUGAUCUAGUUCAAACUACUUUAUAUAACUCGUUAUGUGAUGUUUUAAGCGGUGUUCCUGAUGAAUUGUACCAUGAGGUUAAAAUCAACGUUGUUGGUACACCAAAGGAAACCAGUGCCAAAUCUAAAAUGACCCACUUGAAAGAACAAGAAGAGAUUAUGAACGAGGAAGUGGAACAAGAAAAGGGUACAGUUGUUAAAGUUCGUGAUGAGUUGAGUUUGGAUGCUGUUGAUAAGCAAGCUAAUGCCACUAAUGAUAAACAAAAAUAG